AUGACGGUUAUUAUUGCAUCGCUAUUUCUUCCCUUCACAGUAAACUUCCAUGUGAAUAAAGGUCGCAACAGUGUUGCGGCUGAAGCUCCCCCGCCAGCGCCGGCGCCAGCUGUCAGCCCUGGCAAGACUCCAGUCACUCCGCCUACAAGUUCCGGUGCCAGUUUAUUCGACAAGGGUAUAUUCGAGAAUAAUAAAGCCAGUGUAGUACAUUCGGGACUUACACCAGGCGCGACGACCGACCACGAACGUAUCUUUGCCCAUGCUGUAGCUAAAGCUGAGGAUCAACAGACAGGCUACCCGUUUCCACUUAUUUCCACUCCACCUUCUGAAAACCCACUUCUCACAGAGAGCGAGGCUCAUUCGCCAGCAUGGGGCUCAACUCAUCAGCUCACCCAGCCGAAAGCAAAGACCCUUCUGUCGCCGUCGCCGUCAAUCCUUAAGCACCAAGACCCCAUCUCGUUGAUCAAGGAGACUACUCUGCCUAAGAUUCCUGAAGUUGCUGCGCAUGUGAAUCCAUACGUCGGACUUAAAAAACAUGGGUUGAUAAGUCGAAAAAUGUCCUUCUCAAGGGCGGAGUGGACGAUUCAAACGGCAGAGCAAGGCAACGGUGGUCUGCGAAAUGCUGUUCGCUCAUCUAAAGAUGCUGGAUAUUUGGAGGAGAUGGUAUGGGUAGGCACACUGGGCAUGCCGACCGAUGUGCUGGCAGAUCCUACGCGCAAUGAUAUCGCUGAGCGAUUGGAGCUCGAGUAUGACUCGCUGACCGUAUUUGUCAAUGACGGCGACUUUGAUGGUCACUAUAACCACUUCUGCAAGACCAUUCUUUGGCCGGUCUUUCACUACCAGAUUCCAGAUAACCCCAAGAGUAAAGCAUAUGAAGACCACUCCUGGGUCUACUAUGUAAAACUCAACCAGGCAUUUGCGGAUCGUAUCGCGAAACAUUGGAAACGAGGUGACUCGGUAUGGAUUCAGGAUUAUCACCUGCUCCUCGUUCCAGCCAUGUUACGCAAACUAAUCCCCGAUGCCGAAAUUGGCUUCUUCUUACACAUUGCAUUCCCAUCUUCGGAGGUCUUCAAGUGUUUGGCGCCGCGCAAGGAGUUGCUUGAAGGCAUCCUCGGUGCUAAUCUGAUCGGUUUCCAGACUAGUGAAUAUUGUCGACAUUUCUUGCAAACUUGCAGUCGCAUCUUGUGCGUGGAGGCUACCACUGAGGGAAUUCAGAUGGAAGACCGCUUCAUCAAUGUGGGGACAUUCCCGAUUGGUAUUGACCCAACUUCCUGGGACAAGCGACGUCGAACGGAGGAUGUGGAGCAAUGGGUCGAUAUUAUCUUUGAACGAUACCAGGGUAAACGACUCAUUGUUUCCCGCGACAAGAUUGACUCUGUCCGGGGAAUCCGUCAAAAAUUGCUGAGCUACGAGCUCUUCCUCAACACCUAUCCCGAGUGGGCAGACAAGGUGGUCUUAAUUCAGGUCGCGACCAGUACGACAGAACAGCCCGAAUUAGAGGCUACUAUCUCCGACAUUGCAAUGCGAAUAAACUCUAAUCACUCAACCUUGGCUCACCAGCCCUUGGUGUUCUUGAAGCAAGAUCUUGCAUUCUCACAAUAUCUUGCUCUUAUCACUGUCGCGGAUGCAUUGAUGAUUACCAGUCUCCGAGAAGGCAUGAAUUUGACCAGCCACGAAUUCGUGUACUGUCAAGACGGGAGCUACGGAGAGAAGAAAUACGGCUCCCUCAUUCUGAGCGAGUUCACCGGCAGUGCAUCCGUGUUCGGAAAUCACGCUCUCCUAGUGAACCCGUGGGAUUACCGACAGUGUUGCGAGGCGAUUCACACAGCACUGACUCGAGAUGAGACGGAACGUAAACGGGUAUGGGAGGAACUGCACCGUGCGGUCCUUCAAAACUCUACUGCCAACUGGGUCAAAUCAUUCAAUGAGACCCUGAAGCGUGUCUGGGAUGAACAGUCUGCACGAGAGAUUAUGGCUGUUCCGCGUCUUUCCGUGCCACGACUUGUUGAGCGAUACCGACAGUCCAAGCGCCGGCUAAUGAUUGUUGACUAUGAGGGUACUCUAGCCUCAUGGGGAUCUCCUCGCAGCAUCAUUCUUACAACACCUCAACGUGCGAUUACCACCCUGACGGAGCUCACGGAUGAUCCCGCCAACGUGGUAUACGUGAUGAGCUCGCGUAUGCCAGAGGAAAUGGAGCGACUAUUCCGGCAAGUCAACAACCUGGGACUUAUUUCCGAGAAUGGAUGUUUUGUCCGCGAACCUCAAUCCGACGAGUGGACCUGGCUUGCCAACAAGGCCCAUAUUCAAACCUGGAAGAAGUCCGUAUCGAAUAUCCUAGCGUAUUUCAAAGACCGGACUGAAGGUAGCUGGGUUGAGGAGCGUCAUUGCUCGCUUGUGUUUCACUAUGGCUCCGCUGAAGACCGACCUGGCGCCGCACGACUUGCUGCUGAAUGUGCCGAUCAUAUUAAUGAUGCCUGUUCCAGUUACGGGGUGCAUGCUAUACCCGUUGAAGGAGCUCUCAUUGUGGAAACCGUCAGCACCACCAAAGCAUCAGCGGCCGAACUCGUCUGGCGAUGGUGUCUGGAAGCCUCCGAAAAGCAUGAAACUGUGAAACCUGAUUUCCUGCUGGUUAUUGGCGACAACCGAGAAGAUGAGCCCGUAUUCCGUUGGGCUAACAAGUUGCAAAAAGCCAAAGGUGUCGAGUAUGCCAUGACUGUGACAUUGGGAUCACGAAGCACCGAGGCUAAAGCUACAUUGACACAAGGAGUGACCGGUGUCCUGUCUUGUUUGCAGCAAUUUCCGACUGCGUCCAAACCCGCCGUGCAGUAG